CGUAAUGAAGCUUUAGCCUUUAGCGUUAAGCUGCCCCUUGUCCCCACGUCAACAUUGACAUAGCAAAUCAACUGCCACUGACACGGAAGGUUGCGUGACUCCGACAAGAGCUUAUGGUUCAAAUUUUGGGUGGCAACGAGUCAAAACACUAUGACAAGGCAAGCUCUGCCAUUUUUGGAAAAUCUGAACACUCCAAUUCUUCAUUGCCUGUACUCAGCCAUAGCAUCUCUGUCACAAACUCGUCAAGCUCACGCUUAUAUACUGAAAACUGGACUUCUUGCUGAUACCCAUCUUUCUACAAGACUCAUCUCACGAUUUGCUAAUCACCAUUCCUUUGUCGAAGCAGAUCUCGUCCUUCGCUCCAUAUCUGACCCAUCUAUCUCUUCCUUUUCUACUCUCAUUUAUGCUCUCAACAAGUCCAAUCUUUUCACCCAAUCGCUCAACGUUUUCUCCCGAAUGCUUUCUCAUGGUGUUUUGCUGGAUACUCACGUGCUAUCAAAUGUUGUCAAGGCUUGCGGCAAAUUAUCCGCCUUGAAGUUCGGAAGAGAAAUUCAUUGCAUCGUUUGUAAAUAUGGGUUUGAUUCAGAUUCCGUUGUUCAAGCUUCUUUGGUGCACUUGUAUUUAAAAAGUGAUCGAAUCCGGGAUGCUCGGAAUGUGUUCGAGAGAUUACCUGAAGGAGAUGUGGUUACUUAUGGUGCUUUGCUUUCAGCUUACGCUCGCAAGGGUUGCGUUAACGAGGUAAAGGAAAUCUUUUCUGGGAUGCAAAGUUAUGGUUUGGAGCCCAAUGUAGUUUCAUGGAAUGGUAUGAUUACAGGAUUCAACCAGAGCGGGAACUAUGUUGAAGCUGUUGUCAUGUUUCAGGAAAUGCAUUCGAAAGGGUUUCAGCCUGAUCAUAUUACAAUUUCAAGCGUUCUUUCUGCUGUGGGUGAUAUGGAGAGGUUUAAUAUAGGGAUUCAGGUUCUCUGUUAUGUGAUCAAACUAGGUCUUUUGCAUUGCAAGUUUGUUAUUAGCGCACUUAUAGAUAUGUUCGGAAAAUGUGCUUGUGCAGGAGAUUUGAUGAAAGCAUUUGAAGAGACGAAUGAGGAGCUUAUGGAUGUAGGUGCUCGCAAUGCUUUAUUAACUGCACUGUCUCGAAAUGAUCUUGUUGAUGUAGCUAUGGAGGUAUUUGAGCGAUUUAGAGUGCGUGGGAGGGAACUGAAUGUUGUAUCCUGGACAUCAAUGAUUGCUGGAUGCUCACAAAAUGGGAAGGAUAUUGAGGCAUUGGAGCUUUUCAGAGAGAUGCAGAGUGCAGGGGUGAAGCCAAACUCUGUAACAAUACCUUGCUUGCUACCAGCUUGUGGAAAUAUUGCAGCAUUGGUACAUGGAAAAGCAGCUCAUGGUUUUGCCCUUAGAACAGGAAUCACUGCUGAUGUUCAUGUUGGCAGUGCAUUAGUUGAUAUGUACGCUAAGUGUGGAAGAAUCCAUUUGUCUCGACUUUGUUUUGAUAGGAUACCAAACAAAAACUCAGUCUGUUGGAAUGCAAUUAUGGGUGGUUAUGCAAUGCAUGGUAAGGCUAAUGAAGCUAUUGAUAUUUUUCAUUUGAUGCAACAUAAAGGGCACAAGCCUGAUUUUAUCAGCUUUAGUUGUGUAUUAUCUGCUUGCAGUCAGGGUGGCCUAACAGAACAAGGUUGGCGAUUUUUUAAUAGCAUGUAUGAAGACUAUGGAAUUGAAGCAAAAAUGGAGCACUAUUCCUGCAUGGUAAACCUUCUAGGUCGUUCUGGAAAGCUAGAAGAAGCAUAUACCAUGAUCAAGCAAAUGCCAUUUGAACCACAUGCCUGUGUUUGGGGAGCUUUGCUUAGUUCUUGUAGGCUUCACAAUAACAUUCGUCUAGGCGAGAUUGCUGCAAGGAAUCUCUUUGAAUUAGAACCAAAUAAUCCUGGUAAUUACAUCCUUCUUUCCAAUAUAUAUGCGUCUAAGGCCAUGUGGGACGAAGUAGAUGCCGUGAGAGAUGUCAUGAGGAGUAGGGGCAUGAAGAAGAACCCCGGUUGCAGUUGGAUUGAGAUCAAGAACCAAGUGCACAUACUUCUUGCUGGAGAUAAAUCAAAUCCACAAAUGACUGAGAUCAUUGAGAAGUUACAUAAAUUGAGCUUGGAGAUGAAGAAAGCAGGUUACCUGCCAAAUACUAACUUGGUGUUGCAAGAUGUGAACGAGCAGGACAAGGAGCAGAUCUUAUGUGGACAUAGUGAGAAGUUAGCAGUAGCCUUAGGGCUUCUGAAUACUCCUCCGGGCUCUCCACUGCAGAUAAUAAAAAAUCUCAGAAUCUGUGGUGAUUGUCAUGCCGUUAUAAAAUUUAUAUCUGGCUUUGAAGGAAGAGAAAUAUAUGUCAGAGACACAAAUCGCUUUCAUCAUUUUAAAGAUGGAGUUUGUUCCUGUGGGGAUUUUUGGUGAACAAUUUUAUGACUAAGAUUUAGCAUGUGCUUUGUUAUUCUUUUAGUUCUUGUUGGUGCUUAAAGAAAAGGUAUUAGUCAUCCAUAGCAGAUUACUAUAAGCCUGUCCUUAUUUGUGCAGACCUCAGUCUCCCGUGCUCUUCCUCUGAUGCUCAAAGAAAAGGGAUCAAAACAUCAGAGCUUUUGUUGAAGCGUGCUUCACCUUGACUAGCUUCAAUUCAGUUAUCAUUUAUCAGGCAGCUUGUAGCUUCCCUGGUACUGGUUUUGAUACUUUGUACUGCGGCACUGUUAGGCCUGCAAGUAACUUUCACAUUGAAGCCUAAAGAGAUAUUUGGAGCUUCAGUGCCCCUUCAAUGCCCUCCCAUGAGCGCAGACCUUAUUAACUUUGAGAAGUGAUUUUCGGAAGAUUGGAUCUGAUUAUAAGCUAGCUUUGAUGUGAAUGUUUGCUUGCUCUAUACUCAAAAGUUAUUGCAGCAAAAUACUUUAAUUGAUGUUGAAUUAUUAAUUUUAAUUUGAUUCUUGAUCAUUAACCAAUAAGGGAUGGUUGCCUCUCAAGUACUUUUAAGUGCUAAAAAUAAAGUGGUUACAGCUUUGAUGGAGGGGUUCUCGCUACUGCUGCACGGCUAUAUCUUCCCUUGAAAAUUUGUCAUUUCUUAAGUUGCAAGUACUUACCAUCUUUUGAAUGCUCGCUAAUUUGCAGGUUUGGGAUUUGUUUGGUUAAAAUCAGAGAAUGAUCUAUUUCUGGUUAAUGCUGAAUCCGGAUAGUGAUCAAGAAAAGCUUAAAGCAUGCUUUAUUGGUUCUAACUUAUUCAUAUUUGCUAUGAUGACUGGAAUCAUUACAAAAGACUGGAAAUAUGUGUUUCAGGAGAAGCCUUUCUCUCAUCUCAAUCUGGUAGCCAGCCACCUGUUGGGUAUGGAGUAUGGGGCCCACAACUCAAUGAUUAGUUAACAUUUGUUAUGUUUUUCCACGUACGUUCAAGUGGUAAGUACCACGGCGGCUCAAGCAAAGCAAAACUCAUUUCACAUGAAAAAUCAGCAGUAGCUGUCGUAAACCCUUUGCAUCACGUAAGAGAGACCUCUAACAAUAAUGUAGCAAACUCAGAAACCAAAACCAAAACCUUCUUCUUAUCAUUGGGUUUAGAUCCAAAUGAUUUAUGAAAACAAACAUCAGAGUCAAUUUAUUUGGUUGUGUUAUUUUCAUAGAUGCAAUGAUUUGUUUGGAAAGUUGUACCCAAGUUUAUCCUUUCCAAUUGAAUUUAAUAA